UGCUUGCGCCACUUUCGCACCGUUUUCUCCACACUUCCAAUGGGACCAGACGACUGAGGUCAGCCUGUUGCAUGCUUUUAACCCGGAGCCGCAGCCAUGGACUGUUGCGCAUUUGGUUCGGUGCGCUUGUUGCUCCCUGGAUAUUUACGCAUCGCGCUGCUGUGUGUUGUGCAGUUAGGAGCGUUCGCGCAGCAUGCUCCAGAGUGUUUCCCGGGAGGUCAUCGGACUUUGCGUAAUCCCUACCGCAGCGUCGACUUUGACUCCACAGAGAUCCAGAACACAGCGAUCCAGGACCUGAUCUGUGACCACUCGCUGUCGCCAGGCUGGUACAGAUUCAAGAUCAACAACAAGCCGGCGGAGAUGCCAACCACCUGCGUCGAGAUGAACCGCUGCGGGACGCAGGCGCCGGUGUGGCUGUCACUGAAGGACACCUCCCUGCCUCGGCCCGGUGAGGUCCGCCAGCUCUCCGCCUGCGCCACCUGGCAGUUUUUCCAGGGCAGCACCAAAGACUGCUGCCUCUUCCGCAUUCCCGUCACAGUGCGAAACUGCGGCGAGUUCCUGGUCUACUACCUGCAGCCUACGCAGGGAUGCAUGGGAUACUGCGCUAAAGUUGCUCCAGAUUUGGGAUCCAGACUCUGCCCACCCGGUGAGGUGGAAGUCAACGGCCGAUGCAAAGCUGCUGUGCCGUCCCUGCCGUCCCGGCCUGUGAUCACCCCGGAGCUGAUCGGCCACAGCGUCCACUUGAGGUGCUCCUUCAUCCCGCCGCCGUGGAGCCAGCCGCUGGGCUUCCAGGUGGUUUGGGCCAGACACAUCGGCCACAGCAUGAAGGCUGAGAUCAGGCAGGAAUCCACAUUGAAGCCCUUCUCGUUGGUGGAGAUGGAUGGCGUUCACUUCAGGCUUGGGGAAAUGUUCUCCUGCAGUGUGUCGACUUUCAGAGCCAACUCCAGCCACGGCAGAUCUACUCCGAAAGAAAGUGAGAGUUUCUAUGCUGGACUGAAGUUUUCUCCAGAUUUGCUGUACAUAGCGGAGAACAGUAAGGAGCAUGAAGUGACCGUUCACAGCACUGUACCUAUCCCCUGCUACGGCCCCGACCACGGCCACCAGUGUGGAGUCCCUCUGGCUCUGAGUGUCCAUGAUCCAGACAGUCUCAGACAUGAGGCCUCCAAUGUGGUGCUGUCUGCCUGCCAGGUGGAGCUCCAGCCAACUGCCUGCAGUGAUGGCAGCUGCGGCCAGGCAACGUUUUUUGUCACUGCCGUCACCGAUUUCACACGUGAUGGGAACCGGCCGAGCCUGAUUGGUGCUCUGCCCGGACCCAGUGCUCCACGACUCUGGAGGACCUACACCCCAAUUUCACUGAAGGUCACGGUUCAGGACGUUCCUACUUCCAUCUGCUACUCCCUGACUGACCCACAUGUCAUUACCUUGGAUGGCAGGCGUUAUGAAAACCAUCAGACUGGCACCUUCGUACUUUACCAGAGCCUCACUAGGGAGUUUGAGGUCCACUCUCGCCAGUGGGACUGUGGCAGCCGACACUAUGCAGUCGCCUGCAACUGUGGCAUGGCGGUGCGAGAGGGUAAUGAGGUAGCUGUCUUCGACAUGUGCAAUGGUCAACCGCAGGAAACAAGGCCUCGGCUCACCCUGAAGAACCUGGGCGAUGAUGAUAGCAAGGGCAGCCGGGUCAGGGUGCUCGAAACCUACCAGGGAAAGAAGGUCACCUUGAUCUUUCCCUCCGGGGCCUUUGUUAGGGCCGAUGUUGACGAUUGGGGGAUGAGCCUGUCCAUCCGGGCACCCAGUGUUGACUACGGCAACACGCAAGGCCUCUGUGGCACCUUUGACCGCAAUGGCAACAAUGACUUCCGUGGCUCUGAUGGUGACUCGUAUGGCCCUGACGAUCUACAUCGCUUUAUAGAGGACUGGAGGAUAGCUCCUGGUGAGAGUUUAUUUGACAAGACGCCUCCUGGGACAAGGCAAGAGGUCAGACGGCCUUUCUGUCAGUGCCAAAAAGGAUACAGCACUUCUCAUCAUGCUGGCAGAGGGAUGGGGAACCUCUACAAUCCUUCCGCUCACUCCGACUGCAUCGCUUAUGAUAAUGUGGAUUACACAUCUGUGUUCCCCUAUAUGGACACAACACUGGAAUACAUCAAGAGUGCAGAAAAAGAGGAAAGCAUACUGAAUAUGUCUUCCUUCAACAGCCAUCCUCUUGAGAGGAGGAACCUUCAGUUUCACAGUGAGAAGAAGCAACACAUUGACAGUGAUGAUAAACUGGAUGUUGAGUUCAGGGAGGACCUUCUGCUUUCUGUUGACAGACCGAAGAGACAGGCAAUGUUUGAAUUCCAGCCUGUCUUCACCACUCAAAGCCUCAGCCAGGUCGAUUUGGAGAGCCUCGCCUACUUCUUCCCUGAGGAUCACCUGGCGGAGGCCCGACCGGAGGUGCAGCCUCAGUGGCCCACGCCGAGCGGCCUGACCUCAGCCAAAGCUCUGGAGGUAUGCCAGAUGGCUUUAGCCAACUCCACUGUUGGAGUAGUGUGCCGGGGGCUGUUGGGACGCCGCCUGGACGAGGCUGUGGAUCUCUGCAUCCUGGACCUGCAGCUGAAAGAUGACCUGGGCUGGGAGGAGGCAUUGCUGCCAUACUUGGAGAACGAGUGUGAGAGGAGGCUGUUGGAAAACCGGACCCAGAGAGCAUUGGAGCUGGCUAGUUCACCAGGAAUGUCUGGAGAAGUGGUGGCGGCGCUACGCUGCCCCAACUUCUGCAACGGAAAUGGAGAGUGUACAGAGUGGGGCUGCCAGUGCCAUCGCAGCUACAGCUUCUAUGACUGCAGCCUUGCCAUAAGCCAGCCAGUUGAAAUAACAGAUUUGGAGAAUGGUGGACUGUGUGAUAUCCGAUCAUAUGACUGUCGCAACGUUCGGGUCUUUGGCCUCGGCUUCAUUGACUCCCCUGACCUGAGCUGUCAUGCCACCAGAUUGAAGUACAUGAACGGAGUUUGGGUUCCAGGCGAAAAACAGAGAACAAAAGCCACCUUUCUCAGCUCCAAGGCUUUAGACUGCGCCGUCCCAUCCCUGAGCAACACAGCCGUCAAUACUGAAGACUUCAUGAUGGAUGACAAACCAUAUGCACGCUGGGAGAUUAAGGUGACCAAUGAUGGUUCCCAGUACAGCCAAGCCAAGGUGCUGACAAUCUAUGAUGGUGUUUGUCAGGUCUGCGAGGCGUCACGCUCAGGACUCUGUAAGUUAAAGGACCGGACAUGUAACAUCGACGGGAUGUGUUUUGCAGAGGGAGACUCCAAUCCUAGCAGCCCUUGCCUCCUCUGUGACCCAGACACCUCCAAAUUCACCUGGUCUGUGAACCAAGUCAACGAGCCGCCGGCCUUCCACCGACCUCAGGCUGACCUGCGGACAUUUGCCGGGGAGAACUUUGUCUUCCAGUUUGCGGCAUCAGACCCCGAAGGCUCGGCGCUCCUCUUCCAGCUGGAGGAGGGACCAAAGGGGGCUAUCCUUUCCCCGGCCGGCCUCCUCAUCUGGAGGGUUCCAAUGCUUCCUGAGCAGGAAGGACGUCAGUCGAGCCGCUCCUUUCGCUUCACGCUGUCGGACGAGUGCAACGCCCAAAGCAGCUUCGUCAUCCAGAUCGAUGUCGUGCCAUGUGGCUGUCAGAAUGGAGGCUCAUGUGUGACCGAUGUCAACUUCCCCGCCGGCAGUGGGAAGUACCUGUGUGUAUGUCCUGAGGGGAAGCAGGGUGACCUCUGUGAUGAGGAUGUAGACGAAUGUUUGUCUUCUCCAUGCUCGGUCGGCGUGUGCAUCAACACGGCUGGCAGCUACAGAUGCAAAUGUCCUGCAGGGCUGAGAGGUGUAACAUGUCUGCAAGAUAUCAAUGAGUGUGAAAGGAAACCCUGCUUUCCAGGAGUCCAGUGCUUCAACAGCUUUGGCUCCUACGGCUGCGGCCCCUGCCCCAAAGGCAUGCUGGGAAAUGGGACAACAUGUGUGGCAGUCGUGAGGCCAGCCACCAUCACUCCCACAUCUGCUCCUCAUACAACUGUCUACAAGAUACCAGAUGUUCGGCCGCAACCACCCAGAAUAAAGACAGACACUUUCCGGAAGACCUCGAGUGGUAGCUCCCCACAGAUGAGGGCCGAGGCGGGGAAGACAAUUCCAAGAAUUGACCCCAGUCGAUCACAAACUACCACUUGGAGGAGGAUUCAAGAAGUUAGCUUGAAUCCUUCCUUCACUGAAGCAGAAACUAACAAGAGCGUCAAAGCUAUUGCAUCGUCCCAAACUGAGACUGACACUUUAAAGAAGACUAAAGGAAUAAAGCUUAAUCCUUCCACAACUAACACAGACACUUUCAAGAACAUCUCAGGAAUUAGACUGGACCAAGUCAAGCCUGAUCAGUCCAAAAUCAGCAACACUAUCGCCACAACUUCCACUGCAACCCAACCGUCAAGAAGACCAGCUGCAGGAUCCGGUCAGUCUUCUGCUGUCAACGUUUCAGCUACAUGUGCCAGCAGGCCUUGCUUCCCCGGGGUUCAAUGUAUCAACCGCAGGCCGCCACACGUCGGCUACGUCUGCGGCCGCUGCCCGCCCGGCCUUUACGGCAACGGACGCAUCUGCAUGAAGAACGCCAAGGCAGCGUCCAAUCAUCUUCAUCAGCAGCAGACAGUAAGCAAGUCCAGCAGAUCCCCUCACGGAAGCAGCAGCAAGGUAUCCCAGCUCCACUUACCCGCCUUGCCCACCAGGCAUGGUAUCAAACACCUGUCGGCGUCUGUCACCAGAGCGAACCGAGAUAACGCCCCACGCCAGGCUCCCGCUUCAGGGCGGGGAGGAGGGACGGGGAGGAGGGAGGCGGUCACUGUCACUUCCAGAGAUGUUCCCAGAACAUCAGUUGGCGCUCUCCAUUUCAGUGCAAACACUCACAUCACCCGACAAAGUUCCAACCUCAGAUCAGACGCCAGGACAUAUGGCAGAUCUAGUAUCACCACCUCCAGGGAGUCUGCGGCUCCCCAUGUGACCGUCUCCAAGCAGUCUGGAGGAGCGUUGACAGGUGCAACACCGGCCAAGGUAACUCCUCCGGCUCCUCACCUCUCCACUGAGUCUGGUGAAGUGAUGCAGCACAAAAAAACAACUCAGCCGCAGCUCAACCACCUGGCGUCCACCCAGGUCAAACCCUGGACCCCUCCAAGAUCCGCCCUCCCGCUUACAGCAGCCCUCACCGCCCUGUCUUAUUCGCUGUCCGAGUCUGAGUACUCUGCAGAUGGAGACGAAACAGAGCCUGGUUCUGAAGAUCAAGAGCUGCCGCCAGUGAUCCCAGCACUGACCCUCACAACGCCAGGCAAGACGGUCUACAGCUCCCCCCUGCAGAGAGCGACCCCCAUCCAGCCAGGAGUUAGGAGUGCUACAACAGCAGAGAAACACAUGAUGUCAUGUGCUGACCGGCCGUGUUUUCCUGGCGUCCAAUGUGAACCAGCCAUGGAUGGAGGUUUCCACUGUGGGAGGUGUCCUGUUGGAUACACCGGAGAUGGACGGGCCUGUCGAGCUGUUUGCAGGCAUACAUGCGGGAGGAACAUGGAGUGCGCGGCGCCAAAUACGUGUCGCUGCAAACCGGGCUACACUGGAUUCGACUGUCAGACAGCAAUUUGUGAGCCGGAGUGUAUGAACGCAGGAGCUUGCAUUGCUCCGGGUGUGUGUCAGUGUGUCGGGGGUUUUCAUGGAGAAACCUGUCAGGAAGCUCUGUGCAGGUUACCUUGUGAAAACGGAGGCACCUGUGUUGGACUGCAGACUUGUUCCUGUCCUUAUGGUUUUGUUGGACCUCGGUGUGAAACCAUGGUGUGUAGCCGCCACUGUCACAACGGAGGCCAGUGUGUGUCACCGGACGAGUGCAUGUGUCCAUCAGGCUGGACUGGACGAACCUGUGAGAUAGCUCUUUGCUCUCCGGUCUGUCUGAACGGAGGUCUGUGCGUUCGGCCGAACACCUGCGACUGUCCUCACGGUUUCUACGGCGCACAGUGUCAGAACGCCGUCUGCAGUCCUCCCUGUAAGAACGGCGGUCUGUGUAUGAGGAACAACGUCUGCUCCUGCGUGCAGGGAUACAUCGGGAGGCGCUGUGAGAAAAGUGUGUGCGAGCCCAUGUGUAUGAACGGCGGCAGGUGUGUGGGCCCAGAUGUUUGUGAUUGUCCGUCAGGUUGGCGAGGAAAGAGAUGUGAUAAACCCAGCUGCCUGCAGAAGUGUCUGAACGGAGGCGAGUGUGUGGGUCCCAACAUCUGCCAUUGUGCGGCGGGAUGGCAAGGCAUGCUGUGUCAGAUCCCUCACUGUGAGCAGAGGUGUCUAUACGGCAGCCGCUGUGUCCGACCAAACGUCUGCGCCUGCCGGAGUGGAUACUCAGGUUCUCUCUGCUCCAAGAGGCUCCCUAUUGCUCAAGGCUGACACCAGCUAAUGACCAGCAAACACCAAACAGCUGGAGUUCAAUCAGAACCGAUAAAAACCGUGAUCCAGAGCCAUCAGAAUAAAGCAUCGUCUGAACAAAACCCAAAAAAAACAAAAAACAAAACAACAAAGUGACCUGACUCUCUCUGCUUCUCGUUCAGCUGCAAAGUUCCAGGAAAUCACACACAGUUGUUUUUCUUUUUUUUUUUUGGAAA